UUCCCUUCUUAACACACUUCCAUCCGAGACACGCCUCCCCAGCAUCUCGGCGAAUAUAUUCUCAAUCUAGCUUGACUCUACCACCUCGGCUUCCUCCAUAAAUCGAGACCAAUUUCCCCGAUCGGUAUCCUCGUCCCCCGCAUACCCUACCCGUCACCGGCAUAAUGACGGAUAUGAUCAUCGCCCAAGCAAUCGGGACGCUGGGCUGUAGCUUUACGGCUGGCGGCGUCAUGACCCUCUCCAUAAUGGACAUACCCAACCUUGCUCUCCCCGCACGCCGUCCCCCAGGCGCGACGAUUCCCUGCAACGAAAUACCCGGGACACCCAUCGCCCAUUUAACACACCAGUGGCUCGAUGUCUACGAGCGCGGCAAGAACAUCUUCCCGCCGAUCGCGAUAGUCGCGUCUCUAGCCAACGGGUAUCUCGCAUGGACAUUGCGCGAUAUGCCCGUUCCGACGAGGACCGGUCAAUCUUGGACAAGCUUCUACGUCACCGCUGUAGUGGUCACGCUGAGCAUGGUGCCCUGGACGCUGACGGCGAUGAAGAGUACGAAUGACCGGCUGCGGGCGCAUGCGACGCGGGACGAUGCAGCGGUCGCGGAGGGGACGGAGGGAAUGGUGGUGAGUGCGGCGGAGAAGGUUCGUCGUACGAAGGAAGAUGAUGAGGUUCCCAUGUUACUGUGGAGAUGGGCAGAGUUGAAUUUCUGUCGGUCUUUGUUUCCGUUGGCUGGGGCUGCUAUGGGGUUUUGUGGGGUUGUGUGGAUGAAGUAGAUAUUUUUUUUUUGGAUUUGAGGAUAUCAAAGGUUAUGUACAAGGCGUAAUAUCCCAGGUGGGGUGGGUAUCGUAGGGGGCGGGGGGUUUCUAAUGAUAGGCGCCGCGGCAAUUUAAGCUUGCACAUCAGCUGGACUGGAUAAGUGUUCAAACGAUGCGUAGAAGGUAGAAGCAAGGACCGUGCAGCAGUAGCAUGUCUUUAUGACUUCUCGUUGUCCUCCGCAAAGCCAUUGGCUUCGGUUGUAGACUCGUCCCCGGCGGGCUCCUUUUCGUCCGUAGACCACUGGCUGGAGUGCUGCAAGGCCUCAUCGGCAGUGAUUUCUUCCAAGGGGCUGGACUUGUCAGAUUGUCCCUGUGCCUUUUCCGUGUCCUGGGAGUCGCCGCGUGAGUCAUCAUCUAUGGCAAAUCCAACAAUCUUGCCGGUGCCGGGCUGCGAACGCGACUCCUCGAGGACGUCGCCGUUCCAUGGCUGGCACUUCUUGACAAUCUCACCACACCGGAGACAGACCCAGCCCUGCCCUUCUUCGGCUUCCAGCUUCUGUACGAUACAGACGAAACAGUAGAUACAGCCGCAAGGAAUGGUCUCAUAAGGAUUUGUAAUAUCUGUCUGAGCAGACCCCGAAAUUCCACCUGCUCCCGCCGAGGCUGCAAGGACGUCGCUUUCGGUCGUCGCAGCCGGAUUCUGAUCCCGAUAGCAGAUUGCGCACGUCCGUUCCGGGAGAAAGGCCAGCUCUCCUUGCUUCUCGGUGGUUUCCUCGUCGUCCUCACUCGACUUGAGCGCUUUGACGGUCUUGCGCCAUGCGCGUGAGAUCCAUCGCUUCCAACGGCUGAUACCGACCAGAGGAAGCAGGAAGAGGAGGAACUCGGUGAAAGCGUGCCAGACCAGCUGUCGGUUCAAGUAUUCAAAGGAAACUUCACGACUGGCCUGAGCGGAUGGUGGCGUGAGGCGGAUGCGGAGGAUUCGAUCGACGAGGGUUCGAUAGCGACCGUUCACUAGGAAAACAAGGAAGGAAACGAAGGCUGCGACCGAGUGUGUCGUGGAAACGAGAUCUGUAAUUCGCGAGAACAUCCGAACUUCCU